CAGUGGCUCUGGAGUGAAACAAGAUAAAUUCCUUUCCUUUGGGAAAAGGCAGGGACAAUUGCAGACUUAAAGAUGUUUAACAAUAGUGUAACUGACCAGAAGCAAAAGGUGGAAACCAUAACUAAAAACAUUAACAAAAUUUCUUUGGAGUUGAAGAAAAUGACAGAGCUCUCCCAGUUACUGCUUUGUGACCUUAAUCUGCAGUUUGGUUAUCCUGUGAAUACAGAGGACUUAAAGGAAACAGAAAGAAAUGAGUCUCCAUUUGAAAAGUCUGAAAUGCCAGAUGUAUCCCUUCCUCCUAACAGUUUUUCUGUCUAA